ACUCACACAUACAUACAGUCUCGUGAGGACGUAAGGCCAAUAAAAAUUUAAUCUAACAGUCUACAUGCAGUUUUCACUAAAGCAAGACGUAAUUAUAUAUAUUAACUUUAGCAUCAAGUCAAGUUUUUUGUUAUGUAACACUAAAAAGAGAUGAUAAGUGCAAAUUGAACAAUUAUUCUACAAGGUAUGGCGUUAAUUGCGAUACUGUGCAUUGUCGCUGUAAUUUUACUCUUCCUCUACGUCUACAGUUCAAAGAAUCAUGACUUUUGGAAAAAACAAGGAGUCAAAGGUCCUGAUCCACUUCCCAUUUUGGGAAAUUUCAAAGACAUUUUGCUAAAUCGUCUAUCGCCGGGUGAAAUGGCAAAAAAUUUGUACAAUCAAUUUAACGAUGAGUCAAUGAUUGGUAUCUAUGCUCGAAGUACACCGAUAUUACUAUUAAAAGAUCCAGAAUUAAUCAAAGACAUUCUCAUCAAGGACUUCAAUAAAUUUGCCGCUCGUGAUUUACCAGUAAAUGAAGAAAUUGAGCCACUUUCGCAAAAUCUUCUUAAUCUCGAACCAAAACGCUGGCGACCGUUAAGAAAGAAAUUAUCACCUGUUUUCACAUCGGGCAAAUUGAGAGAAAUGUUUUUUCUUCUUCUAGAAAGCGGAAAUCAUUUUGAAACAUAUUUGAGAAAAAUUGUACCAAAAAAUGAACCGAUUGAGUGUCGUUUAUUAACGUCAAAAUUCACAAUGGACGUAAUUGGUUCCUGCGCAUUUGGUAUCGAUAUCAAUACUUUGUCAGAUGAGGAAAAUGAUUUCGUGAGAAUGGGUAGAAAAAUUUUUGUUCUCGAUUUUUGGAGAUCGAUUAAAGCAAAAAUUAGAGAUUUCUCGCCUGGAUUAUUUACACUAUUGGGACCAAUAAUGAAAGAUGAGGAAUUGGAUAAUUUCUUCAUUAGUUUAAUAAGAGAUACAAUGAAAUAUAGAAAGGAGAAUAAUGUCGUUAGACAUGAUUUUGUCGAUUUAUUGAGAUACGUGAAAGAAAAUCCGGAGAAAAUGGAUGAUGUUGAAUUGACCGAUACUUUAAUAGCUGCACAAUGUUUUAUAUUUUUUGCUGCUGGUUUUGAAACUUCCUCUACAACAAUGAGUAAUUCUUUGUAUGAAUUAGCACUGAAUCCGUCUGUACAAGAUAAACUUCGAAAUGAAAUUCAACAAGUUUUAAAUAAAUCAGAGGGAAAGUUAACAUACGACAAUGUCAAGAGUAUGAAAUAUUUACAUAAAGUUUUUCAAGAAACUCUGAGGAAAUAUCCACCAGCUACAUUGUUAGGGAGAAAGGCUUCGGAAAAAUAUACAUUUUCUGGGACAAAUGUGACAAUUCCAAAAGAUAGUAAAGUUUGGAUACCAGUUUAUGCAAUUCAUCGGGAUCCAAAAAAUUAUCCAAAACCGGAAUUAUUCGAUCCCGAAAGAUUUGAAGAUGAGGAAAUAAAUUCGAGACAUCCGAUGCUCUAUUUGCCAUUUGGCGAGGGACCGAGAAAUUGCAUUGGUGCCAGAUUUGCAAUAUUUCAGACAAAAAUCGGUCUUAUAAAAAUUUUACAAAACUACCGUGUUGAAGAGUGUGAAAAAACGCCAAAGGAAUAUGUGAUUGAUCCAAGUGCUUUUCUUUUGGCUCCAAAGGAAGGAAUUUACUUAAAAUUUACCGAAAUACCUUAACAAAUGUUAAUAGAUUAACAAAUAUUUUUCCUACUAUUAAUUUUAAAAAUAAGAAUAAAAAAUUUCUAACUGCUUUCUCUCUGCUUAUUCUUUAC